AUGUCCUCUAUCAAGAAGACCCUCGGCAAGGUCGUCGACCUCGGCGCCCCAUGGCGCGGCAUCGGCCCCUUCAUCUUUGCCGUCUUCCACCGCGACGACUACCCGGCCGGCAACAAGGGCCUGGGCCCCAUCACGGGCACGGCAGGCCACCACAUCGGCUCUGACUUCGGGCACGCGUCCGGCUGGAACAUGUACCACGGCAAGACGGUCCCCGGCUUCCCCGCGCACCCGCACAAGGGCUUUGAGACGAUCUCGAUCGUCGACAAGGGCCUCAUCGACCACCACGACUCGGCGGGCGCCGGCGCACGCUAUGGCCCAGGCGACGUCCAGUGGGUGACCGCCGGCAACGGCAUUAGCCACUCGGAGAUGUUCCCCCUCGUCCACGAGGACAAGCCCAACCCCAUGGAAAUGUACCAGAUCUGGAUCAACCUCCCCGCCGCCAAGAAGGGCUCGCCGCCCGACUUUGUCAUGAUGUGGUCCGACUCGAUCCCCGUCGUCACCAAGGAGUCUACACAGGGCACCGCCAAGGUCCGCGUGAUCGCCGGCGAGUUUGACGGCGUCAAGUCGCCCGCUCCGCCCAAGAACUCGUACGCCUCCGACCCGAACGGCGACGUCGCCAUAUACCUCGUUGAUCUCGAUGCCCGCGCCAGCGUCAAGCUGCCAGUCGCGAACAACCCCAAGACCAAGCGCCUCCUCUACGUCCACGACCGCGACCGCAGCGACCAGGCCAAGGUCAACGUCUCGGGCACGUGGGUUGACAACAAGGCCGGCUUCGAGCAGAGCGCCGAGAGCAUCACCACCGAGCGCCUGACGCUUACCGCCGGCAACGCCCCCGUCAAGGUCCUCGUUCUCCAGGGCGUCGACAUCGACGAGCCCGUCGCCAAGCACGGCCCCUUCGUCAUGAACACCCAGAAGGAGAUCCAGGAGGCCUUUGACCUCUACCGCAAGACCGAGUUUGGCGGCUGGCCUUGGGGCUCGUCCGCACCAGUCUACCCCGCCGACAAGCCGCGCUUCGCCAAGUUCCCCGACGGCCACUACGAGUACCCCGAGGGCGAGCCCGCUGCCGCCAAGGCGUAA